AUGGUCCUCCCAUUCCUCACCGGUUCCCGUCGCGGGCGGCUUCUUGGUGUCGCCCUGCUCCUGAUGUUGGAGCCCUGGGACUUACACAAGGAUCCCGCAGCAGGGCACGAGGUUGAGAAGUCUCAUGCUGGACAUUCCGCUCAGGAGGCGGAGAAGGCUGAGGACACUCCCCGUGUGCCGGAUGAUGUGGAUGGGGCGGGCGUUGGGCCCGGGCCCGUUGUCGCCACGACCGCCACAGACACCACGGACGUUACUCCCACCGAAACUCCCACCGAAACUCCCACACCUUCUCCUGAAUGCCCCAGCUUCGAGACCUUGCAAAGACAGAAGCCUGGGCCACUAUCGGAAGGCAGGCGCAAAUUCCCCUACGUCCGCCCCCCGCCAGAGUGCAGGAAGUUCCGUCUUCCCGCGCUGGAGGAUCUGAUCGAGCGGUUGAAGAAGGUGAUUCGCGACCCUGGCCUGUUCCGGCUCUUCGAGAACAGCUACCCGAACACGCUCGACACCAUGGUCAAGUGGCGAGGUUAUGCGACCAAGAAGGACCAGACCACCGGCGAGGAGACGGCGACGGACGAGGAGCUGACGUAUGUGAUCGCGGGCGACAUCGACGCCAUGUGGCUGCGUGACUCGGCCAGCCAGGUGUACUCGUACCUGUCCCUGCUGGAGCCUUCCAAUGAACCGGACUCCCUGGCCAGCCUCUGGCGCGGGCUGAUCAACGCGCACUCGCGGUACAUCACCAUCUCGCCGUACUGCCACUCCUUCCAGCCGCCGCCCGAGAGCGGCAUCCCGCCAACACACAACGGAGCGUACGCGCAGAACCACCCGAACCCGCCAUACGACCCCAAGCUCGUCUUCGACUGCAAGUGGGAGCUCGACAGCCUGGCCUCGUUCCUGCAGGUGAGCGCGGCCUACUACCGCCGGACGGGCGAUCUGGAGUUCUUCGGCAAGUACUCGUGGGUCGACGCCGUGCAGGCCGCCGUCGAUGCGUCGGCAGCCAUGCAUGCGGGCACCUAUGACGACGAAGGGCACGUGCUCCCGUCGGCGUGGACCUUCACGGGCUGGACGAACCGCGGGUCCGAGACGCUCACCAACGACGGCCUCGGCAACUCGGUGAGGGAGAACGGCACGGUGCGCUCCGCGUUCCGCCCGAGCGACGACGCCUGCAUCUUCCAGCUGCUGACGCCGAGCAACAUGAUGUGGGCCGCCUACCUGGAGCAGGCAUCCGACAUCAUGCAGGGGCUGGCCGACAGAGAUCUCCACAGCAAGGCGGCCAACCUGACGCUGGAGAUGCGCAAGCUCGCAAAGGGCAUCCGCCGGGGCAUCGCGCUCGACGUCGUGGUCUCGCACCGCGACUUUGGCGAGAUCUUUGCCUACGAGGUGGACGGGUACGGCGGCGCGAACCUGAUGGACGACGCCAACGUCUCGUCGCUGCUGGCCAUGCCUCUGUGGAAUUACACCACCGUGCCUGCGGCUCUGGAUAAGCAGAUGGUCGAGUCAGCGAAGCAUGUCGCUCGGGAUGAUGAUGAUGAUGAUGAUGAUGCUGCCAGCGACAGCGAUGACACAGACACGCAGCACGACUACGCCAAAAUCUACCAAAGCACGCGCCGGUUCGUCCUCAGCCCCGCCAACCCCUACUUCGCCAAGGGCCCCGUGCUCUCCGCCAUGGGCGGGCCGCAUCUCGGCCCGGGGAAAGGGUGGCCCAUGGCAGCGACGGUCGCCGCGCUGACCGCGUACGAGGACUUGGCCGGCUUCGACUCGCUUGCCCGGCGCGACGAGGCCGUGGUCGAGCAGCUGUUUGCCGUGCUCAACUCGACGGCGGGGACGGGCGUCAUCCACCGGACGGUCAAUGCGUGGAACGAGGACAACUGGACGCGCAGUUGGUUCGGCUGGGCGAAUGGCCUGUUUGGGGAGCUGAUUGUGAAGAUUGCCGAGGACGAGGAGAAGAGGGGGUUGCUGGGUAAGGAGGAGGGUCUGUUGGGGAGGUUGUGGCAGGAUUGAAUGGCGUUGGUUGUAGGGUGGUCGACUUUGAAGACAAGCAGUACCUUACUUUCACAGCCCGAACUGAAUUGAAUCUUGAUGCCCGUCAGGGUGGCGGGUUCCAAUGGCCGAAAAAAAGAGCGCCAUUAGAAGCAGUCGAACCCGUCGCCUU